ACUGUCUGAGCGAGACCAGCACGUUGCCAGACUACAGGAUGCACUGAGGCGAGAGAGGGAGAAGGGUUCCAGCCUGCAGUCUCGGUGUAGCCAGCAGGGGUCAGAGUUGAGGCGUAAAGAGCAGCACAGCGCCAGACUGAAGGAGAGACUAAGCCAACUCCCAGAGAGACACAGAGAGAGAGGCGCCUCCAUGGAACUGUUGAACCCAGUGCCCAGAGGCCAGGUGAAGAGCGACCGACCAGCCAGGACCAACGGAAGGAAGGAGGAGACGGCGCUACGUGUGAUGCUGGAGCGGCGAGAGGCGGAGUUAAGGGAGGCCAUGAAGCUCCGACACAAACUCACCACUCUACUGCACACGCUCAGAGCAGACAUGGAACGGACCUUAUUGGACACUGUAGGUGACCAGGAAGAGGACCCUAACGACGACAAGAUGCUGGUCCAAUCAGAGGAGUCCCUGGGCGACCAUGUGACAGGGGGUGUGGUCCAUGGAUGGAAGGGUGUGCAGAGGAGACUAGGGAACCUUCUGAGUCAGGGUCACGUGGCUGUGGGGACUGACCAGGAUAAGCUCUUGGCUCAGCUAGAGACAGAGUUGGAUCAGAGUCAACAGCUGGUCAAACUGCAGCAGCAUCUACUACAGGACAGUGUGAUCACUCCGGUCCCGGCCGCUCUGACAGACUGCUACUUCCUGGAAGAGUGGGAGCGGCUUCAGGACCGCUGGGCGGAGCUAGAACUCCAGAAGCGGAGCUUCCAGAGGGAGAGACGGGCCUUCACCGACGCCGCCAUCCGAUUGGGCCACGAGAGGUGUGAGUUUGAGCAGCAGAGGGCCUGUGUGGUGAAGCAGCAGUAUCUGUUUGACUGUCCGUUGUGGAAGACGUUGCAGCGUCACAACAGCAGAGAGAGCACCGUCCUCAAUCUCUCAGGUUCUGAUCACAUGAUCCUGUCCGGCUGCCGCCCGGCCACGCCCUCCUCUGCCGAGUCUGGGUUCAUGCCCUGGUUAGGGUCAUCGGGGUCUCGGCAGGGCCACGGCAGGGUCAAAGUUCACACCCCCAGCACCCCAGAGCUCUACUCUGCCCUCCAACUGCCCUACAGCUGCAGGUCCAGUGAGAGUGAUGCCCAGUCAGAGUGCUUGGAUGUGGGGGCAGAGAGGCUCCAGUUUGCCCCCCCUGGUCCUCGCCUGGACUGGUCAUUUCAGUAGGAUGGCUGUUUAUGUAGUUUCCAUUGUAUGUCUUAUAAUAUUGUCCCUUUGUCGUUUCCAUUGAUUUAUAUAUUCGUUUUUCAAUGUGAUUAAUAAAGAUGAAUAGUUUGACACAUUCAUUCUCUACUAAUGAUUCGAUGAGCCAGGAUAAAUGUUACUAACUUAUUGGUGGUAGUAUUGAACAGCAAGGAAGUCGAAGCAGUUAUGAAUUUUAAAGAGGUGUGAUAUUUUAAUACAAUAGGCUAUUAUCGAACAGCGUCCUAUAACUCAGAAUUAUAAUCUAAAUCCUAUCAAUUUAGACCCUAGAAUAGAUCAACU